AUGAACCAGAAUGUGGACCGCCGCCCGCACGCGCUGCUCGUCUCCGGCUUCGAGCCCGACGAGCUGGACGCACUGCUGCUGCACUUCGCGGUACGUACUCACGCACGCACCUACACGCACACGCACGUUCGGCAUGAACCAGAGCGUGGACCACCGCCCGCGCGCGCUGCUCGAUUCCGGCUUCGAGCCCGACGAGCUGGACGCACUGCUGCUGCACUUCGCGAUACGUACUCACGCGCGUACCUACACGCACACGCACGUUCGGCAUGA